CCAAUCAACUUGGCUGACAGUUGCCAGCUUUUUCGUCUAUCUGGUUCGAGCAGCCCAACUUUUAUCCCCCCUGAACUACAAUUCCCAUGAUGCUUUGCGACGUUACGCGUUAGCUUCCGGUGGCACGUGGCUUCCGGCUCGGAUCGGAACCUGGAGUCCGGACUCGAUCCGGGUAUCAACAUUCCAAAAACAGGUAAUGCCAAGCCCCCGCCUUGAUCCACGUCUCUCUCUUACUCCCAGGAACUGCUCCUUGCCCCGUGCGCGGGACCCAGUGCCGACACCAGAAAUGGCUGAAGAAGGUGGUGACUUUAUAUGGUGUGAAGAUUGCAAUCAGUAUCAUGAUUCAGAAUGUCCAGAGCUGGGUCCUGUGGUGACAGUCAAAGACUCUUUUGUGUUAAGUAGAGCAAGAUCAUCCCUUCCUUCCAACUUGGAGAUCAGACAACUUGAAGAUGGGACUGAAGGUGUUUUUGCAAUAACUCAACUUGUGAAGCGUACCCAGUUUGGUCCCUUUGAAUCCAAGAGAGUUGCCAAACUAGAAAAGGAAUUAACAUUUCCACUGAAGGUUUUUCAGAAGGAGGGGUCUCCAGUCUAUUUUGAUACAUCUAACGAAGACGACUGUAACUGGAUGAUGAUGGUGAGACCUGCCAGUCUAUAUGAGCAUCAAAACCUGACUGCUUUUCAACAUGAUAAUGACAUUUACUUCACUACUUCUCGGGACAUCCCUCCAGGAACUGAGUUAAGAGUAUGGUAUGCAGCUUUCUACGCCAAAAAAAUGGAAAAGUCAGUUCUAAAGCAGUGCAUUGUCAAUGCUGUGGUGGAAUGUGACCAACAAAGAAAUAAAAGCACUUAUCCUGCUGCCUUUUCUUUUGAGAAGCUCAAGAAAUUAGCCAAGAAUAAUCAAUCUGCCAGAACUGAUCCUUCAGAACAUGGGCAGGGUCAUUUGGAGCAAGCUAAAACAGUUACACAGAGCAAUCAAAAUGAUGUUCAUCUUGAGAAGGCUCUGGAAGUUACCGAUACUGAUCAGCCCAUCAUUAUCUGUGAAAGUGCCAAUUCCCAAGUGGAUAUGAAGAAAAAAACUCGACGGGGCAGGAAAGCCAAAGGAGCAAAAGUAGAAACACCUCUUGUGAUUGUGGAUGAUAAAGAUUCUACUGCAGUGAACUCAGUGGACCAUGUGGCUGAAAUUAUCACUGAGGUCCCACCUGAUGACACAGCGAUUCCUUCAGCAGCAGAAGAUCAAAUUAUGGAGCUGAUGUUAGCGAAGCUACCCAGUACUGCAAACAACAUGAGUUCAUUAACAAAGUUUCCUCACCAUCAGAGCUCUGUAUCCCUUAAGAGAAGUUUAAUCCUUUCCAGCCGACACGGGAUUCGACGCAAGCUGAUCAAGCAGCUUGGGGAACACAAGAGGGUGUAUCAGUGUAGUAUCUGCAGUAAAAUGUUCCAAAAUAGUAGCAAUCUUAGUCGACACAUCCGCUCUCACGGUGACAAACUAUUCAAAUGUGACGAAUGUGGUAAGCUUUUUAGUCGAAAAGAGAGUUUGAAGCAACAUGUUUCAUACAAGCACAGUAGGAAUGAGGUUAACAAUGAAUAUAGAUACAGAUGUGCUACGUGUGAGAAAGCUUUUCGGAUAGAAAGUGCAUUAGAAUUCCACAACUGCAGGACAGAUGAUAAGACAUUUCAGUGUGAGAUGUGUUUCAGAUUCUUUUCUACAAACAGUAAUCUUUCAAAACAUAAAAAGAAACAUGGGGACAAAAAAUUUGCCUGUGAGAUUUGCAAUAAACUAUUCUACCGAAAGGAUGUGAUGUUGGAUCAUCAGAGGCGGCAUCUGGAAGGAGUGAGACGGGUUAAAAGAGAAGAAUUUGAGCACAAUGCAGAGAAUAUGGUUCGCUACAAGAAAGAACCUUCCAGAUGCCCAGUGUGUGGAAAGAUUUUUUCGUGCAGGAGUAAUAUGAAUAAGCAUCUUUUGACCCACGGAGAUAAGAAAUAUACAUGUGAGAUUUGUGGCCGUAAAUUUUUCAGAGUCGAUGUUCUGAGAGAUCAUAUUCAUGUUCAUUUUAAGGACAUAGCAAUAAUGGAUGACCAUCAGAGAGAAGAAUUUAUUGGCAAAAUUGGAAUCUCUUCAGAAGAAAAUGAUGACAACUCAGAUGGAAGUGUAGAUUCUGAGCCCCACAAGUAUAGCUGCAAAAGGUGCCAGUUAACAUUUGGCCGAGGUAAAGAGUACUUGAAACACAUCAUGGAAAUUCACAAAGAGAAAGGUUAUGGUUGUAGCAUCUGCAACAGGCGCUUUGCUUUGAAGGCAACUUACCAUGCUCAUAUGGUCAUACAUCGGGAGAACUUACCAGACCCCAAUGUGCAAAAAUAUAUUCAUCCGUGUGAAAUCUGUGGAAGAAUUUUUAACAGCAUAGGAAAUUUAGAACGACAUAAACUUAUUCAUACAGGGGUGAAAAGUCAUGCUUGUGAACAAUGUGGCAAGUCAUUUGCAAGGAAGGACAUGUUAAAAGAACACAUGAGAGUCCAUGAUAACAUCCGAGAAUAUCUAUGUGCAGAAUGUGGUAAAGGAAUGAAAACAAAGCAUGCAUUGCGACACCACAUGAAGCUGCAUAAAGGGAUAAAGGAGUACGAAUGUAUGGAAUGCCAUCGGAAAUUUGCACAGAAAGUCAACAUGCUUAAACAUUAUAAAAGGCACACAGCAGGGAUCAAAGAUUUCAUGUGUGAACUCUGCGGGAAGACCUUUAGUGAGAGGAACACAAUGGAAACCCAUAAACUAAUUCACACAGUGGGGAAGCAAUGGACAUGCUCAGUGUGUGAUAAAAAGUAUGUAACAGAUUACAUGCUUCAAAAGCAUAUCCAGCUGACUCAUGAUAAAGUAGAAGCUCAGAAUUGUCAACUCUGUGGGACAAAAGUUUCUACUAGAGCUUCAAUGAGUCGUCACAUGAGAAGAAAACACCCAGAGGUUCUUUCAGUUAGGAUUGAUGACUUGGAGCUGUCAGAGACCACAACUGUUGAUGCUUCAUCUAUAGGAAUUGUACAGCCAGAUCUAGCUCUGGAACAAAGUGAAUUACCAGAAGGGAAGCAUACAAAGGCUCAUAAACGAGGGCAUAAACAGAAGCACAAACCUGGGGAAGAAGAGGAAACACAACUUCCUGAAGAUUCUGCCUUCACUGAAUAUACAGAAAAAGAAGUGGAAUUUACAGGAAAUGUAGGAGAUGAAACUAAUUCAGCAGUGCAAAGCCUUCAACAGGUGGUGGUGGCCCUUGGAGAUCCAAAUGUGUCAGCUCCUUCUAGCUCUGUUGGUUUGACCAAUAUUAGUGUUACUCCGAUUACUACAGCUGCUGGAACCCAAUUUACAAAUCUACAACCUGUGGCUGUAGGUCACCUUGCCACACCUGAACGCCAAUUGCAGCUAGACAAUUCUAUUCUCACAGUGACAUUCGAUACAGUUACUGGUUCUGCCAUGUUGCAUGGCAACCGCCAAAAUGAUAUCCAGAUACAGUCACAGCCUGAGGCAACCAACCCCCCAUCAGUAGCUCAUUUUAUAAACCUAACAACUCUGGUGAACUCCAUUGCUCCACUAGGGAGCCAAAUAUCAGAACAGCAUCCCUUAACAUGGAGGGCAGUGCCUCAAACUGAUGUCUUACAGAGUCAGGCCCAGCCAUCCCAACAGACAGGACAACAGCAAGUUCAACCUGAACAGCAGCAGCAAAUGUACAGCUAUUAACUUUUACUUGAAAGAAGACAACCAACCUCUGAAUGGGUUUGCAGAAACCCUUUGGACACCAAACCUAAAUCAAUUGCUGGAAACCAAACAUACAGGGAAUAAAAGGCUUACACUAUGAGAUAUAUGCUGAUGGACCUGGAAAUGCCCGGAAAUUCCAGGACCUGGAAAUGCCAAGCCCUUGACAAUUUCACACUCUUAGAGAAAUCAUUGCUACUUUAGCAAAUUAUGGGUACUGUUAAUAAACUGCAGGAAAUAGAUAUGAGGCAGGUUUUAGAAGAGUUGAGAUCAAUUAAGAAAGAGGUAGGGGUAAAUGCAAUUAUACUGUUUUUAAAACAGUAGCAGAAGAAGAAUGCAAAGCUAGGAUAUGCCUUCCUAGGGUGCAAGAGCCUAACUGAGCAAAAAAAAAAUAUUUUUUUUUAGUUUUGCUUUUGCUUCCAUAGACCAAUCCAUUGCAUUUAAUGGAACAAAGUGGGUGGAAGUCGGGUGGGGAUAGUCUGUGAUGUGAUAUGUGCUUCGUUUCAUGUAUCAUUUCCAUUAUACUGAUGGAUAUAUCACUCUACACAUAAGACAACAUGGUGUGUUACCUGAAAUUAGAUAGUCUAAUGUUAAAGUAAUAUUUUAUGGUCUCUUACCUAAUAAAAUUAAAACCUGAAUCCAUCUCAUGAUCUAAAUCUGUAAUGAGGUAAUAUAUUUACAAAACUGCUUGCUAAUUAAGUAUAAUGCUUAUCUAAUAGAUGGAAAGCAGUUUCCCAUUGAAAUUGAUUUGCCAGUUGAUCAUUAAUUGACCAAUUUGUCUGUUCUAUCAUGUCAUAAAUAUUUGGGUCCGGGUGAGUGAAAGGUAAUUUUUACAUAAUACCCUUCAUAUUUCAUUCUGUGUUCCUGGCAGGUAUUUGCAAAUUGAGGGACCCUUUCUAAACUGACAUCAUAUAUCCACUUGUAUCAUUCUUAGCAACUGAUAGGAGAGUUCUGUUUCUGGAAUCAAAAAUGCAUAGCAGCUUACUACCCAGGUGCAAAUUAGAGUAUAAUAUCCAUUGCAGGUGAUACUGACCUCAAAGAGGUAGACUGAACAAAUGCUAAAGAGAAAUAUUUGUCCUAAGCAAAACAUGGAAGAAAAUUCAUGUUAUCCACUCAACUUAAAGGGAACAUUUCUGAACCUUUCAUGCUGUAUCCGCUUGACGUUGUUAAAUGCAAGUUCAGUCGAUAUCAUCUAUGUAUGCUCAUUAAAUAAAAGAGAGUAGCCCAAUGGUUGAUGGUGAAAAAAAAUUGAAUAAAUCUUGCCUUUGCCUUUGUGAACAGUACUUUUUUCUAGGCAGGUAGUGAGGAACAUAUAUUUAAACUAUUGCCUAUAAGUUGACCAAUCAUUUUCUUAAACCUGUUUCUGAUAACAAAUGGAUUUUACUAUUAACAAGGAAUAUUUUCUCACAUAAUAUAUUAAGUGCUUAUUUUGUGGAGGAUCUCUUCAGAAUAUUUUGUUGUUGUUGUUCAGAAUACUUUUAUUUAUUUUGUUCCCUGUACCGAGCAGAAGUUAGACUUGAUCCAUGACUCCUUCUCAAUAAUUAGGAAAAUAUACAUUUCAUUAAUUUUUCAAUGGAAACUGGCUAUCACAAAGUUUUAUGUAACACCUUUCCAAAAAGUCUGAAAAAAGAUGCAAUGAAGCAUCCUACAUAUGUAUAUAGUCCUAGGUCAGGGGAUAUGGGCAACAGUAUGCUGGUUUGCAAGGUGGUCUCUAUAUUAGAGGUUUUAGCUUGCAUAAAUUAGGAUAACCUUGAAAGCAGGGCUUUGGCUGAAUUUAUGGCAUAGUGGUCAAAACGUUGCAGAAUUAACCAGAACAGUUCUUAGUGCUAAAAGGAAAUACUGUACAUGGUACAAAUGAAGAUAGUAACCUAGGGUGCAGCUUUUCUAUCUUACUUUAAAAAUUACACAAAUGCCUUAAUUGAUCAAGGUUACAUUAAGUAGUGAAACUAUUAUCUGUAGGUCCCUAACUUACUCAUUUCUUUCAUUCUGCAUAAUAUAAAAUGGAAUAGCACGAUGGUAUGUUUAUGUACGAAGGGAUGCGGUGGCUCAGUGGCUAAGAAGCUGAGCUUAUCGAUUGAAAGGUCAGCAGUUCAGCGGUUCAGAUCCCUAGUGCCGCGUAAUGGGGUGAGCUCCCAUUACUUGUCCCAGCUUCUGCCCACCUAGCAGAUCAAAAGCAUGUAAAAAAUGCAAGUAGAGAAAUAGGGAAUACCUUUGGUGGGAAGGUAACAGCAUUCUGUGUGCCUUUGGCAUUGAGUCAUGCUGACCACAGAGAUGUCUUCGGACAGUGCUGGCUCUUCGUCUUUGAAACGGAGAGGAGCACUGCCCACUAGAGUCGGAAACGGCUAGCAUGUAUAUGCAAGGGAAACUUUUACCUUUACCUAUGUUUAUGUACACAUGUAUGCUACAAUAAGGUUAUGAUGUAGCAGUGAUAGUUGAUAACAGAAACCAAAAUACAUGCCACAAGGCUUUUCCCUUCACAGGACAGUGAAAAUCCCUAAGGUUAGGGUUAGGCAUACAUUAUAAGUUACAAUUUUGUCACCAAGCAAACUUCAACCAGAUGCUAUUUUAGAAGUCCUACAUUUCAUGAAUGAGGGUUCUGCAAGUUACACCAAAUUCUGAUCUGAUAACUGAUUCAUCAAGAAAAUGAAUUUGGUCACUUUUCAACUUUCAUUUCCAUUAGUUAAAUAACAAUUACUUAAGAAAAUAUUAAACCAAACUUAUUUCAGCAACUAUGAAGAGUGUAUCAAAAUUUGGAAUGCAUCAUUGUAUUCCCUAAUGCAUAAUGUAUCUGAUCUGAAAUUUAUAGCCACUGGAUAUCAGCGAGCCAUUCCUGUUCAACAUCAGAGAGAAAUGAUUAUCUCCAUAUUAUUCAUUUAUAAAAAUUCUGUCAUAAAGUA